CUGCUGGUACAGUGCUGUCUACAUCAUGUCAUGUGUGUCUGUAGGUACAAGUCAGUCUGCUGGUACAGUGCUGUCUACAUCAUGUGUCAUACAAAUGGGGACCAGCCCUAGUCCUGGAAUAUGCACAGUUUCUCCUUCCACUGGCUUUGAGAUUGUCACCAAUUUCUCAGUGAAUUGCUCUGGGUUCAUUGACAGCACCAGUCAACUCCACUACAACUACCAUUUUUGGGAUGGAGAUCCUGCUACCAAGAAUCAAUCAGGUAUCCUGUUAGGCAGCGGUUCUGGUGGUUAUAUCCACAUCUCUGCUCUGUCUGUGUCCCCAGCCAGUGAGAACAGUCAGGGGGAGGUCCGUGUGCAUGCUGUCAAUGACAAUGGUUUAAGGACUGUGGUGACUUCCACUGUCCAGGUAUGUUUAUAUUAUCUGUGGGGGUUAGAGUGUGUACAUGUUGUCAAUGACUAUGGUAUGAGGACUGUGGUGACUUCCACUGUCCAGGUAUGUUUAUAUUAUCUGUGGGGGUUAGAGUGUGUACAUGCUGUCAAUGACAAUGGUUUAAGGACUGUGGUGACUUCCACUGUCCAGGUAUGUUUAUAUUAUCUGUGGGGGUUAGAGUGUGUACAUGCUGUCAAUGACAAUGGUAUGAAGACUGUGGUGACUUCCACUGUCCAGGUCCUUCCAUUAAGUGACCAUCCUGAUUUUUUAGACAGUGAUGUUGGUACCUUUUUAGAGGAGAUAACAGGGGAUCAGAACAGUGUCUUGUGGACUGCUGUGAGGGAAGGCGACCAGACAGCUGUUCUACAGCUGGUUGAAGCCAUCAGUUCCUUGCUGAAUUCUGGGACAGAGAAUUUACCUGACUCAAAAAGACGGGAACAGGGUCCGUCCAACGUUCAGGAAGAAGUCUCAAAGGAGACGGGAGAAGAAAAUGUACCAACUUCUGAGAGCAGCGCUCCUUGCACUACGACGAGUAGUAGUGACACUGACAGUAGUGUUACUGCUAGUGCUAGCACCUCUCACUCUCAGGUCGCACAAGAGGCUGACGUGAACUGUGAUAUCACCACCCUCCACCUUGAAGGAGGGACUAAUGUAAACGUGGAGGAUGUUAUUUACUUCAAGUUUGAUGCUGAGACCAACAAAUCACAUCAGAUCACCAUCUGGCCAGCAGACAAUAAUGCCACCCUGCAAGUUUACCUAAAAGCCAAUGCCAGGCCCAGCAAAGAAGAGAUCUUAAACAGCACUACAGUUAUCCCUGUUCCCGAAGAGAUGCGUUAUCGUCAUGGCAAUCAAAGUGCCAGUGGCUAUGUUUUGUUUGUCCCAGAAAAUGAAACCACUGAGGCAGACACUGUUUAUUACAUGGGGAUCACUUUAUUUAAUACCAGUGAUUCUGGGAACAGGCACCUUGAUGUUAAUGAGAGUGUCCAACUUCUGGUCACAGUCCAUUCCAGUGCCUGUCUCUUCUGGGAUGAGCAGAAAGAAAUCUGGAGUAGUGAAGGAUGUAAGGUUUCUCCUCUCAGCACAGCUGUUACGUUACACUGUAUCUGUCAUCACAUGACUGUGUUUUCUGGCAGUUUCUUUAUUCUGCCUAAUGCCAUUGAUAUUGUGGCAGACUCUGCUCUGUUCUUGACUUUACUGGAGAACCCAUUGGUGGUGAACAUUGUGCUGUGUGUAUGGGGCAUCUACCUGGCAGUUGUUAUCUGGGCACACAAGAAGGACAGGGAAGACCUUCUUAAGGUUGGAGUGACAGUGUUAGAAGACAAUGAUCCAGAGCACAAAUAUGGCUACCUAAUUACUGUCAUCACUGGCUGGAGGACAGGGGCAGGAACCACAGCUAACGUGGGUUGUUUUAUCACAGGUGAAGAUGGUGAAAGUGACUGUCAUGUCCUAAGUGAUCCCAGACGUCCAGUAUUUGAGAGUGGUGGCGUGGACAGUUUCCUACUGACCUGUGCCCAGUGCCUGGGUGACCUCGUCUCUGUCACCAUCUGGCACGACAACUCUGGAGCUGCUCCUGCCUGGUUUCUGGAGAAGUUGACAGUGAGGGACCUGCAGAAAAAUGAGGUGUGUGACUUCCUGUGUAACCGCUGGCUUGCUCUGGACCUGGACGACUUCUGCAUCCAGCGCACACUGCGCCCUGCCUCAGUGGAGGAGAUGAAGGAUUUCUCAUACCUGUUCUCCAGUAACAGUGGCUUCAGCAUGAGGGAAAAACAUCUGUGGGUCAGUGUGUUCUCUUGUCCACCAAAUUGUCCCUUCACAAGAACCCAGAGACUGACCUGUGCUCUGACCCUUCUACUGACCACCAUGCUGACCAAUAUCAUGUUUUAUGGCAUCCCAACUGAUGACCCUGAAGACCAAUACCAGGNGAAAGCCAAUGCCAGGCCUAGCAAGGAAGAGAUCUUACACAGCACUACACUUAUCCCCAUUCCCGAAGAGAUGCGUUAUCGUCAUGGCAACCAAAGUGCCAGUGGCUAUGUUUUGUUUAUCCCAGAAAAUAAAACCACUGAGGAAAACACUGUUUAUUACAUGGGGAUCACUUUAUUGAAUACCAGUGAUUCUGGGAACAGGUACCUAGAUGUUAAUGACAGUGUCCAGCUUCUGGUCACAGUCCACUCCAGUGCCUGUCUGUUCUGGGAUGAGCAGAAAGAAAUUUGGAGUAGUGAAGGAUGUAAGGUUUCUCCUCUCAGCACAGCUGUUACAUUACACUGUAUCUGUCAUCACAUGACUGUGUUUUCUGGCAAUUUCUUUGUCCUGCCUAAUGUCAUCACUAUUGUGGCAGACUCUUCUCUGUUCCUGACUUUACUGGAGAACCCACUGGUGGUGAGCAUUGUGCUGUGUGUAUGGGGCAUCUACCUGGCAGUUGUUAUCUGGGCACGCAAGAAGGACAGGGAAGACAUUCUUAAGGCUGAAGUGACAGUGUUAGAAGACAAUGAUCCAGAGCACAAAUAUGGCUACCUAAUUACUGUCAUCACUGGCUGGAGGACAGGGGCAGGAACCACAGCUAACGUGGGUUGUUUUAUAACAGGUGAAGAUGGUGAAAGUGACUGUCAUGUCCUGAGUGAUCCCAGACGUCCAGUAUUUGAGAGUGGUGGCGUGGACAGUUUCCUACUGACCUGUGCCCAGUGCCUGGGUGACCUCGUCUCUGUCACCAUCUGGCACGACAACUCUGGAACUGCUCCUGCCUGGUUUCUGGAGAAGUUGACAGUGAGGGACCUGCAGACAAAUGAGGUGUGUGAGUUCCUGUGUAACCGCUGGCUUGCUCUGGACCUGGACGACUUCUGCAUCCAGCGCACACUGCGCCCUGCCUCAGUGGAGGAGAUGAAGGAGUUCUCGUACCUGUUCUCCAGUAAUAGUGGCUUCAGCAUGAGGGAAAAACAUCUGUGGGUCAGUGUGUUCUCUUGUCCACCAAAUUGUCCCUUCACAAGAACCCAGAGACUGACCUGUGCUCUGACCCUUCUACUGACCACCAUGCUGACCAAUAUCAUGUUUUAUGGCAUCCCAACUGAUGACCCUGAAGACCAAUACCAG